AGAGGAGCGGGCGGGCGAUGGGAGACGCUGCUCCGGCGGGAUAGAGGGGCGGAGACGGGGGCACCCCCGGGGCCCGGCCCGCCCGGGGCUUGCCGCGGGCCCGCACCGAUGCUUGUGCACAGCUACCCGGGCAUGGACCGAGCCGAGGGGCUGCCCGGGGCACCGGCCGGGGCCCGCUUGCCGCAGCUGCCCUCGCUCAACCAGGCGCCCUAUGGCUCGGCGCCGCCGCUCUGCCACACGCCCGCCGCCGACUUCCAGCCGCCCUACUUCCCUCCGCCGUACCCGCAGCCGCCGUUGCCUUACCCGCAGGGCCAGGAGCCCGCUUACCCUCACCUGGCAGACCCGUACGCGGCUCUCAGCCCUCUGCACCAGCACCAGCAGCCGGCCUGGCCCCCGCAGCGCGGCCGGCAGGACGAGCCGGGGCUGCUCUCGCAGACCCACCGCGCCCUAGGGCUCGACCCUCGCCGCGAGUACCCCGCCGUGCCCCGCCUGCUCCACGGGCUGCCCGACGGCGGCCACGGCCUCGCCGACGGCCCGCUGGGCCUCCACGGCCUCGGCCACCACGGCCUCGAGGACAUCCAGGCCGUGGACGACGGCGGAAUGAACCUGCUCGAUCAGUCCGUGAUCAAGAAAGGCUGGCUCAGGUGCUCCGAUCACCUGCUGCUUGCGGGAACAGGAAAGCAGCAACUGAAGAUCGAGGGGGACUUUUGGUUUACUCAGAUGACAAGAGACAAUUUUGGUUCCCCAAAAGCCAAGGAAACAAAGCUGUCAGGCUUUAAUGGUAGCUUGUCUCCCUCCUGCAGCAUGUUUAUGGGCAAACAAGCUGCAGAUCAGACCAGGCAAACAGCAGCAGUGCCCAUCCCCUCGAAGGCCAACGGCACCACCAUCUCCACGCUGUCCAUGAGCAAGGACGGCCUCAUCGGAGGGGUCACCAAUCCCAACGAGGUUUUCUGCUCCGUGCCCGGCCGCCUCUCUCUCCUCAGCUCCACCUCCAAGUACAAGGUGACGGUUGGGGAGGUGCAGAGGAGGCUCUCACCCCCCGAGUGUCUCAACGCCUCUCUCCUGGGCGGGGUCCUCCGCAGAGCCAAAUCAAAAAAUGGGGGUCGGUGUUUAAGGGAAAGGUUAGAGAAAAUUGGACUAAAUCUACCUGCAGGAAGGCGCAAAGCUGCCAACGUCACCCUGCUCACAUCCCUCGUGGAAGGUGAAGCCAUUCACCUGGCUCGGGAUUUUGGCUACGUCUGUGAAACCGAGUUCCCAGCCAAGGCAGCAGCAGAGUACCUGUGCCGGCAGCACUCCGACCCCACGGAGCUCCACACCAGGAAAAACAUGCUGCUGGCUACCAAGCAAAUUUGCAAGGAGUUUGCAGACCUGAUAGCCCAGGAUCGCUCUCCGCUGGGGAACAGCCGCCCCUCGCUGAUCCUGGAGCCUGGAGUGCAGAGCUGUUUGACUCAUUUCAGCCUCAUCACCCACGGCUUCGGGGGCCCGGCCAUCUGUGCUGCCCUCACCGCCUUCCAGAACUACCUGGUGGAGUCCCUCAAGGGGCUGGAUAAAAUAUUCAUGAACAGCACGGGGAACGGGCACACGGCCGGGGACUCCAAAGCGUCAGACAAAGAGGGGAAGCAUCGGAAAUAACAGCGCUGCCUCCCCCAGUGGGAGCUCCCCCCGGGCACCAGCGGUGGCUCCAGGGGGAAAGGUGACCCGGAGCACUGUUUUCUGAACUGCUGAGUUUGAUCCUGCGGGGAAACUCGUAAAGCAAACAAAGAAAAGACAGGAAAAAAAGAAGACUUAAAGAAUAUAAGAAGAAAACAGUGCUAAUGAACGUAGUGGGAUUGAGAGAAGCCAGGCUGAUGGCUUUGGGGUUUUGCCUUUUUUUUUUUUUUUUUUUUUUUGUAACGUGGAUGCAGGAAGUCAAGUCAUGUGCAAUUUGAUUAUAUUUUGCUUUUUAAAAAAAACCCAUAGUGAAAUCCUGGAAUUUGUUCCAAGUGAAAAACUGAGAGGAAAGAGCAAAAGCCUCAUCAGUGCAAGACCCAGAGCAGGAGCAGCUGAGGGCAGGGGGACGGAGCCCUGGCUCUACCUGGAUUUAUCUGCUGGUUUUGAGGCAAACACCCAGGAAACCUUCCCAUUUCCCCACCCACAGCCCAGCCCUGACACCAGGCCAAGGAAAACUGCUGGCAGAACUGCUGUGGAUUUAAAGCAGGUCCAGGGCUUGUUUACAGCUUCAAACUGAGACUCACUGUGGAUUUUCCUGUGGGCUGAGGAGCCCCAAGCCACGGCAGGAGGGAGGAACAACCACACAGCCAAUGGGUCCCAGGGCAGGAUCUAAGGGAGUCCCCCUGACUGCUGCCCUCCUGGCUGGGGAGAAGGCAGGUGAAGUUAAACCCAGGACUAAAUAAAACUCCACAACCCACAGAUAACAGCACACAAGUUUCUAAAUUUAGUAAUAAUAAUAAUAAAUAAA